AUGGAAAAUAUGUUGGCCCAACCUGCUCAAGAUUUAGAAAUACCAAGAUCUAGUACUGAGAUUGUCUCCAAGGUUCUCUCACAAACCAGUGCAGCCUCUACAUUCCUCAAUAAUGCUGGUAUUGAAACACCAAAGAAAGCUGAAGAAAUAGAAGAAUCAAUGGCCAAGACCCAAGAAGAAGUGCGCAAGGCCCAGCAAGAGAUGGAGGAGUUCAAGAAGAAACAAGAAGCUAAUGAUCUGUUACUUCAACGCAUCUUGAACCUCAACUCAGGGAACUCUGGUUGUAUUUGA